AACGUACAGUAUGGUAACGGUAUGUACUCGUACGUACCUGCGCCAUGCGGGGGGGAACCGUACGGUACGUAGUACGUACGUGUACUUGUAGAGUACAAGAAGCGGUGUAGAAGCUAAGAGUAGGAGUAAGGUACUAGAAGUACUUCGUACCAUUUUAUGCCUUCACUUUAGUCGUGCUAGUCCGCUGUACCGAACUAAACUACUAACGUACUUAAUGAUGUUAUUAUAAUACAGCAUGGAUCCGGCUUUUCAAUCAUGAAUGCCAUCCAAAAACAAGCUCAGUAGAACCCUGUAGACUUUCUACCAGGACAUUUUGAAGUUCAUAACUUCAAAUCGAAGUUUAGAACUUGAAAUUACUAUUAGUAGUACCGGUACUUGUUGCUCUUUUUCGAGACCGGUUUCAAUUGUUACGAAACGCGUAGUAUCGUAGGUACGUAACUAUCCAUGCGCGUAAAAAUCUGUCGCGAUCUAGCCGGGACCGUACUGGCCUGGGGUGCAUGGGCUAUGAUAAGGGUAAAUACAGUAAGUACCGUACCAACCACAGCAAUACAGCACAGAACACAGUACCGUACGGUAUGUAAUGCACUUGGAAUAUUGUCUUUGAGUCAUUACUGUAUUUAUUUUUAGUUAGGGACACAUUGUAAGGUGAACAAUGUUCUUGUGACUAAUUCUACCGAAAUGACCAGAAUUCUCACGACAUACCAACGUAUGGCACAGGUUCUCCAAGCAAAUCGUUGUGAAGAAGGUUGUGCUAGUAGGUGCAUGAGAGUUGUUGGAUUGCAAUUACGAGUUAGGAAGUACGAUUAGCAGGUCGAUUGUGAUUCUGUGGUUUUUAAUGUCCCAAAAGGGACAGUUACUGGUGAAUUGAACGAUACGUACUCCUAGUACUGUUACGUACGGUAGUGGUAUUCGCCAUCUCAACAGGACGAGUAGUAGAAACAACGACGUAAAGUAAUCGCGUGCUUCACAACUUGUAGAAACAGCGAUUGAUGGUCUCUUUUCUUUCACCCUGACGCGAAACAAAAAUCGAAUUUGCAGAUCUUGAGCGUACCUGGUACCGUACCACAGACGAAACGACUAUCUAUCUGUCACAACACUGUUCCACUCCUCCCCUACAACUAAGUACUCUUAAAAUGAUAGUUUCGAUCCUUUCGUCACCUCUCGUAGCGGUUGUUGCGUUCAUGAACAUCGCGUAUACUACGGGUUCCUUAAACAUUUAUGGACACGAACUCGCGUCGUGCUCUCAGAAUGGGGUAGGUGCAUUCUCCCUUGUUACCGCUGGCCUUCUUUCUUUGUUUUUCUGCGAAGCGAUGGAAUGAAAAGGCAAUAUUUUGGUUUGAAACUACAACCGAAGACAAAAAACGUCUGGUGACCCAUUCAAUUCAGAAUUGGCUUGAUUUUUUCGUUUGUUCCACCAUCCACUCGUCGCUCACCCCCAUGACUUUGUUGCACCAAACGAACAAAACUCACCGAAUCACGACACGUGAACACAUUGCUAUGCACAGAUGGCUCUGACAGGAUUUAUGCGGGACGGCUAUUGUGUCGAGGAGGAGGACGACGAGGGAUCGCACCAUAUUUGCAUCGACCUCAGUAGCACUACGGGGGGAAAUUUUUGCCAGGUGACAGGGCAGGACAACUGGUAAGCUAGCGAGGGAGCGACCAAACAAUGGUACCGUGGUCAAUGCGUGGCGUAAUGUCGUCUGAUGGUUGGUCCGUAUACACGGAGUCAAUCCCACCAACACAUGCAAUGCAAUACCUAUGUGGUGGUUCUUUCCCACUUUGUUUUUAUCCAUUUCUCGCUCACGCAUCGCACAUACCACGGAACAAUCCACCCAUUGGCGGAUCAUCCCCCAUUGUGUCGUUUUUUUCCUUUUUCAGGUGCAACAACAGCGAAGAAUGCCACGGAGACAGCAGCAGCACCUGCCCCAUUCAGAACUGGUGCGUCUGCCAGUGGGCCUUUGCGACCUACAUCAAGAAGGCCGGGGGCUGCGAUCAGAUCCAGGACAUUGUGUGCGAAGCAAUCAACAUGGAGGCACUCUAUGCCUACGGGGAGAAAAGAGAAACAGACGAAGACAUCGAUGCCGCCUUCGACUGCAUCGAACGACGAUGUUUCGGCUAGGGUUUCCAACAAACCGUCCCUCGAGACAAGUCCAGCUCAAUACCAUUCUCCCCUUGGAGCGGCAACAGAUAGAAGGCGCACACCAAGUGUGAAUUUGCACGAGAGAGAUCGCCUUGUACCCCUCGCACAACUGAAAUAUCUGGAAGACACACUAAUGUAUAUUUGUGUGGAGGCUAGAAUUUCGGCAUCCAUCGAUAGACUUCUUGCAUGGGUCUUUCAAAAAUUACGUACAACAGUAGCAAUAACAAUAACAAUAACAA